AUGGGAUCUAAAUUUCCCGACCCGUCAUUAAGCUUCACAAGCUCAGAAACUGGGAGUGAUGUAUUGAAAGUCAUUUCAAAGUUUAUCAAUAACACUGAAGUUCCAAUUUGUGGUUCUCGAAUAUUCAUACUAUUGAAGCGUUUUCCAAAUGAACAGGAUAUUACCGAGUUGAUAGCUCAAAUGAGAAAAUACCGUGUUUAUGUUUAUAUUGCUACUUCCUUGCCUCCAUCUGGAGGUUCUCAUCCGGAAACGAUAAGACGUCUAACUACUCAAACAAACGGAUUGGACUACUACUAUGAAGAUAGCUCAUUCACUUUAUCGAACUACGAAAGCAUGGUCUCAAAAACUAUAUAUUUUAAUGCCUCCGCUUACGACAUGCAGGUUGAUUAUGAAAUUGGUGACGCCGUUGUCUACGCGGUUCAAAUUAGAAUGUAUACUACCGGAUCUGACGGCUACUGGAUUCCAUAUGAUGACUGA